AUGGCGGAAGUGAGAUCUGGUUUUCAAAAAUUGGUUGAAAAUGAGUGCACUCCACGGAGGAGGAGAGGACCAGGCAGCAUAAGAGGAAGGUUGAAAGAGGAGGGGGUUCUUACGGCUGUUCUGUUACUCCCGUGCCCGUAUUUCCUAAUCUUCCCUCCAACAACGACGGCAGCGACGAUCACCACACCAUCGCCUCGCAUAAGUCAUCCGUGCAUUAUAUCACACUUUACCCAUGCCCUUCACGAGAAUGAAUCGCAAACAGAAAUAGGAAGAGAUCCUACUAUUCGUGUAACAGUGCCGCUAUUUGGUGAAACUCCCUUCUUCCCUCCUUAUUUACCUCUUUGUUUGAAUCCAUCACCUCCCAUUCCCUCGCCUCCUCGACCUCUUUCCAGUACAAUGAAUGAAGGAUGCUGGGGCACUACUCACCUCUUUACUACUCCUAUGCUAAUCUAA